AUGGACUACCCACAUAGGCUCCCCUACAGGAAAAUCUACAGGGCAGCUAAGGUUUCAAGGAAGAGUUGGGGAAAGGAGGCUUUGGCAGUGUCUACAAAGGUCUGCUGCCCAGAAGCGGAAUCGAGAAGGGAGCAGGUUGAGUUGGGUACAAAGGUUCAAGAUUCGAAAGAUGGCAAGUUGGGUGAUUUUGGGCGUGCCAAACUGUAUGACCAUGGUACCAAUCCCAAGUCUACCCAUGUCGUUGGUAGUCUAGGUUACAUGGCGUCGGAGCUCCCUCGCACCAGCAAAUCAAAGAUGAGCUCCGAUGUAUACUCUUAUGGUUCCUUGCUCCUGGAGGUGGCCUGUGGAAGGAGGCUGAUUGAGCCCGGAAGACCUUCUGAGGAGAUGAUUCUGGUGGAGUUG